UCGCGUGCUCGCCUCCAGUGCCCCUCUUUUGCUUUGCUGGUGUCCAACUCACAGCAACUCACGCUCAUAUAGUGCCUUGUAUUCUGUUACCACAUGGCAGCUGUAUUCGUACCACCUUCGCCUCGGUCUUCGCUUAAAAUGUCGACUCGCCGACCACUUGCCAACGUGCCGAAUGCUACCAAUUCCCCUCACAGGUCAGGCCUCGUGCCUGCCAAACGUCUACGUCCAACGAGUAACCAGAUUGACAUCCCUUACGGCCAGCCUCCUCCGAAGAAGCAGGUAGUGGACGGUCAGGAGGCGGACGCUCGAUCCCCAACCCGGACCAGGGCGUCCGCAUACCAAAACACGGACUCCAAACUGUUCUUACGGCGCACGAAUAAUGCUCAGCCGAGUGCAUUCGAAAGGAAACUGGUCGCUGUGAGAGAUAAAGAACGACAGGCACAAAUGAAAGGCACGAGGCACGAGAGGCCUUCUGCGGAGACCCUCGAUUCCAUCCGGCAGUGGCAGAGGCAUUACCGCAAGGCGUUUCCUCAGUUUGUUUUCUACUUUGAUAGCAUCCCGGAAGAUGUUCGCAGCAAGAGCUCUAGGCAGGUACUUGCAUUGGGAGCGCGUGAAGAAAAAUUCUUCUCGCGUCUAGUGACCCACGUCGUCACGUCUCGUCCUAUACCUCCAGAAAACGGUCCCACGAAUGCACCUGAAUACAAUGCGGAGUCGGCGGAGCAAGCGGCGGCGGAUGGUUCGCUGCAGACAGUAAACCCGUCCCUGCUCGAGAAGUGCGCCGAUACACACCUUCAUAUGACCUUGAAAAACGAUGCACGGCGGGAGCAGAAGGGCAUGGAUGUUUUACACAGAGCCCGCCAGAUGGGAAUGAAGAUCUGGGCGAUCGAAAAACUGCAGCGCAUGAUCACGGCGAUCAAUGAUGGCGAUGUCGGAGGGCAUGAUGGCCAUGCGACGCGAAACAGCAAUGCUGCUGGUGGCCAUGCCAGGGCUCGGGGUGAAAAUGAUCUUUCGCAAGUGCUUCAGAAUGAGCUGAAUGGCCCGUCAGAUCGCAAUCCUCUCUCGGUGUUGAAGGAGCUGGUUAUGUUCAAGGGUCCUUUCAUAUAUGUCCAUGACAUGGACGAGAAGACGCGCCCUGUGAUGGUGCGAGAAUACCCAAAGGUUGCAAGGCGGCAGGAUGGUAUAUGGCCGCAAUUCCGAAGUGCACGGCUGGGAAAGUGUCCGUUCAUCGAGGACCCGCCUACACAGAAGGACAUUGACCGUCAACGUGCCCGUAUAAAAGAGAGGACGGAGAGACAGGAAAGGGACGAAAGAGCUGUUGCUAAUGCUGCUCCUGUACAAGACGUUCCGGACGCGAAACUAAAUGCACCAGAAACUCAUAGGAAGGUUACAAAGCACGAGGAUAAGACUCCCGAAUUGGGCCAAACAGAAGAGGCACCCCUUGAGCCCCAGCCUGAACUCCAGGACAUUCAGUCGACGAAACAACUAUCGCCCAGGAAAAGCUCCGAGAGCUUUGUGCCCCCGCCUCCUCAACGGAAAGGGCCAUUCUUCCAUGGCCGUGAACCUGCCGCAUCAGGCGUACAACCCUCGAAUAUUACGUCCGCCAUUCGUUCGCAAAUGGUUUCAUCGACGGCUGCUGCACCUGGUGCCAAGGCUGGCCUGAGCAAGGAAGUUCAUGAACUCAAGAGAAAGGUGCUCGAAAAAGGAAAUGGAGGGCUUACAGCGGGGACUAUGCCUCCAUCACACCACGCCGUAGAUGGAGCCGCACCGUUGAAGGCGAAACCAUUGGAAAACAGCCUCGGAAAUAUGCAACCGCCUAAAAAGCUCGUAAAUGUCCCUGAGGAGGAAUCAACGCAGUUGGAAAACAACGGCGCUCCCAAGCGGCGGGCCGGUGAUCGGAAAACCGUAAUAAUACCGAAAAGGAAGGAGAGACGGAGAGACCCUAAGCCAGGUUACUGUGAGAACUGCAGGGACAAAUUCGAUGACUUCGAAGAGCACAUUGUAACUCGGAAGCACCGCCGCUUUGCGACAAACCGAGCGAACUGGGCCGAGCUCGACGCCUUACUUUAUCAGCUGGAGAGGCCUGUGAAAUCUGGUGCGGAAGGUGUCCCAGGUUUAUAAUCAGGCCGUGCGUUCGUGAAUGAAAGGAAAGGAUGUGAAGUCUGUGACGGCUUGUCUAUUUCCCGGACUGAACUGGCUGUUGCGUUGCCUGCGGAGAUGAUUUGCUGGCCGCUCAGCAGUGUUAAUAUGUGAAGAUAUUCAGCUCGCCUUCCAUAACACUGGCAUAUACACCCGUCUUUCAAUUACUCCUCACGUACAACUAUCGACAGACGAUGCGAUUAAUACUGCAUUUCUAUUCCUUCAUCCUUCCCCUUCUUAUUUCCUAC